AUCGGGUGAGUUUAUACUCUUAAUGAGGAAGUGGAGUUCUGUAGUCUGGCUGUAGCAGUCUGGCUAAGCGGUGUGGCUCCGUAUAGCUGCCCAAAAAUAAAAUGUUAAACACAUUGGCAUAUUAUUUUAUACCGAGACAAGACCACGACGAUAUUGUGGCACUUUUAAUUUCGCGAUAUCGCAGUAUCAGGAAUAUUGUUAAAUCCCUACUAAAUAAGAAUGAUAACAGUUUAUUAUUGCUCAUUAGCUUUCACUGAGGAGGGAAAAGGGGAGGAGGACUACAUAAAGCUCCUCAUUGAAGAACGGCCUUCUUCCAUAACACGGGGAAAUUCUGAUUCAGUCCCUUUCUUUCCUCGGAUCACCCCCAAACAAGCCUUCCAAAUGAGUGACGGGGAGUGUGACUUCUUCUGUUUCUUUCGCUGCUGCUGAGUGUACCCUCCACGCGGCUCAGACACACUGGACGCCAGGACAGCGACGCGAGCACAGGGACCGGAGGACGGAGAAGCAGAGCUUACACAAGCCAUUCUUGCCAAUCAGAACCACAGGGAUCCGACAGGUAGGCGUACUGUCUACCUGUCCGGGCGGUCGAAUCCGUCUACUGGAUGUCUGUGGACAUGAACAGCCAGGCGUCUGACAGCAACGAGGAAGACUUUGGGGUAAACUCUGAAGAAGAGGAGGAUGAUGAUGAUGGAGGAGAAGAGGAGGAUCAAGGGGACAUUGAAACCUACUACGAUGGCGUAGCCAGCGAUGUGGAGCAACAGGGCGCUGACUCCUUUGACCCAGAGGAGUAUCAGUUCACUUGUCUAACAUACAAGGAGAGCCAAAGGGUGCUCAAUGAGGAGGUGAAUAUUGUGGCUGCUGCACUGAAGGUUUUACCGGCCGUAGCAAAGCUGAUCCUUGUGCAUUUUCACUGGCAGGUUUCACAAAUACUGGACAGGAAUAAGUCCAAUUCGUCUAUGGUGUUGUCAGACGCUCUGGUACAACCGAGCAGCAGCUCCAGAGCAUUUAUUGCCCCUCAGUCCCUGCAGUGUGGUGUGUGUCUCCAGGUCGUACGGAGAGACUCCCUGCUGGCGCUGCCCUGCCAGCACUCCUUCUGCAAAGCAUGCUGGGAGCAGCAUUGCACUGUAAUGGUCAAAGAUGGUGUUGGAGUGGGCAUCUCGUGCAUGGCUCAGGAUUGCUCCCUGCAAAUGCCAGAAGAUUUUGUCCUGCCUCUCCUGCCAGGAGAGGAGCUGAAGGACAAGUACAGACGCUACCUCUUCAGAGACUAUGUUGAGAGUCACUUUCAAUUGCAACUGUGUCCGGGUGCAGACUGUCCCAUCGUCAUUAAGGUGCAGGAGCCAAGGGCGCGCAGGGUGCAGUGUAGCCGCUGCAGUGAGGUCUUCUGUUUUAAAUGCCGUCAGCUGUACCACGCACCCACAGACUGUGCAACCAUCCGGAAAUGGCUCACAAAAUGUGCCGACGACUCAGAGACGGCCAACUAUAUCAGCGCACACACUAAAGAUUGUCCUAAGUGCAAUAUCUGCAUUGAGAAGAAUGGAGGGUGCAAUCACAUGCAAUGCUCCAAGUGCAAACAUGACUUCUGCUGGAUGUGUCUUGGUGACUGGAAGACUCACGGCAGUGAAUACUACGAGUGCAGCCGUUACAAAGAAAACCCCGAUAUAGUCAACCAGAGCCAGCAGGCUCAGGCCAGAGAGGCUCUCAAGAAAUACCUCUUCUACUUUGAGAGGUGGGAGAACCAUAACAAGUCUCUGCAGCUGGAGGCUCAGACAUACCAGAGGAUCCAGGAGAAGAUCCAGGAGAGAGUGAUGAACAACCUGGGAACCUGGAUUGACUGGCAGUAUCUUCAUAACGCGGCAAAGCUUUUAGCCAAGUGUCGCUACACACUGCAGUAUACGUAUCCCUACGCCUAUUACAUGUCCGGCCCACGCAAAAAAUUGUUUGAGUACCAGCAGGCUCAGCUGGAGGCAGAGAUCGAGAACUUGUCGUGGAAGGUGGAGCGGGUAGACAGCUACGAGAGGGCAGUUGUGGGAGGCGAGGUGGAUAUCAGUGCCAGUGACAGGGGGGAGCUGGAGAAUCAGAUGCACAUUGCUGAGCAGAGGCGACGCACGCUGCUGAAGGAUUUCCACGACACCUGAAGCGCCAUUUAGACUGCAGAGCACCAGCAUCUCCUUCCUUCCUACCUACCCUUUCUUACUUACCCCGCCCCCCGCCUCCCACUGUUGCCAACUUCCGUGACCCACAGUCACGCGGGCAUCCUUUUUCCUAGUCAACACUCACUAGCUUUUUUUUUGUCUUUCCCCAACCCCUUCCUGUUUCUGUCUCUUCCCUUAUCUCACUCCUAAAAUGCUGCAGCGUCACGAAAUGGCACGAUUGUAUCCCCCUCUCGUCAUACUCAUGCUGUUUCACCGUGUUUUGGGUUCAAUAUCGUUAUCUGAUUUGACUCUUAUGCUCAGAGCACAUCAUUGAAAUCAAAUCUGUGUCUCAAAUAUCUCUUGAUACUGUCCAGCAUCAUACUGGUAACACUUAAAACCAUCACCAAAAACUGAGAAAAGGUCAACUCUAGUCCUAGUUUUCUCAAAGAUUUUGCUACUAAUACUAAGACAAUGAGGCCUAGUGGGGCAGUUGUAUCUCACAUUUACAUAUUACAUGUAUUUGUGUUUUCAGUUAGUUGGCUAAUUUAAUUUAUAAGUACAGUAGUCAAAAAUAUCUGCAUCCUCCUUUACAUAACUUGGACCGAAUGCAGCAUUUCCAUGUGCAUGAUGCGUGCUCACAUACAGAAGAUACCGAAGAUGAAUGUGUGUAGGUUUUUUUGUUUUGUUUUUGGCCACAAUAAACGCACUUCCAUGUGAUUUUUUUUCCUUUUGUUAUUGCCAAAUCUGACUUGUUUUGACAACAACUGCCAGUAAAAAGCUGAUAGUUAUGAUUUUAGAGAAACUAAUUCACUCUUACAUACAGUCUGCUAAUGUUCCUUUAAACCCGGAUUGGGCAAACUACAGAUGUGUAGCAUUUGAUCUGGCCUGCCAUUCUGCUAAUGUUCCUUUAAACCCGGGGUGGGCAAACUAGAGAUGUGUGGCAUUUGAUCUGGCCUGCCAUCUAAGUCUACGAACAAAAUAAAACCUGAGAUAUAGUGUUAGAUAAACGCCCAAAAAUUAAACCUAAAAUUGCUCAAAAUAUAUUAAGUUCUUUUUCAAAAUGCUAGAAAUUAAAAUAAGAGUAUUCUGAGAAAAAUAACAAAAUACCCUGACCUGCAAAUUUAACAAACAUUAAUUUUAUCCUGUUAGAACUUCAGGGCAGCGUGGCGCAUAAGUGGUUAGCACAUCUGCCUCACAGUUCUGAGGUGCUAAAACAAUUAAAUGACUCAGUCAGAACAUUUCCAAGAAGUAUACGAAAGAAUGACAUGGCAACAUUUUCUUCUUUCCAUAUGGAUGUUUUUCUUUUCUUUAAAUGGACAUUUAUCUCAUUUUGGGGAAAGACCUCUUCACUUAGUAACAAUAAUUUGUUUGCUCAUAUCAUGUAUUUUGCCCUAAAUUUACUGUUUGCUCUCAGAGAACCUCAUGAAAGGAAAAAGGUUCCCAACUGUGUUUGCAAGUUUGAUGUUUGACCCAGUUAAAGUCUGGCCUUUGUUCCAUUAACUGACCAUGGCAGAUCAUCACUAUAGUCAUUUCAUCUACUUUUACAACAGCACAGCCCACUGACAUCACACAAACGUUCAUAAUGCAUUCACUCCGCUACACAUUAAUUGUGUUCCUCUCUCCUCAUUUGUAUCCUGUCCCCUCUUAGCAUUGAUCACCACCAUGUCAUUAUUUUGGGGCUUGGUUUUUCUUCUCUUCCUCGCUCACAUUAUUCACAUUUCUUCUUCUGGAAAAAAAACAUGUCUGUUGAUAGAUCAUUAAAAAAAAAAUGGAAUAAAGAAAAAGCUACCAAAAAGUGCUGUAAUUUUCAAAGGUUGUACAUUAAUACAGAAAAUAGUUACUGAAAGAGUUUUUAAAACUGAAA